AUGGCCAAGUUACCAGAGUACAACUUGUCCAUCUCACCGGCUGAGGCAGUCCUAGCUCUCAAGAAUCUAGGCAACAAAGUCAAAUGGCCAGAAAAGAUGAGGGCACCAGCCGACCAGAGAGAUAGAUCUAAGUGGUGCGAGUUUCAUGCCGACCAUGGACACCGAACGGAGGAUUGCAUUGCAUUACGAUUGGAAGUGGCUCAUUUACUCAAAGAAGGUCACCUAACCGAGUUCCUAACAGACAAGGGUCAACACACCCUCAAGCAUGGAAGUGACCUCAAGCAUGGAAGUGAUAGACGAGACGAGCGCAGAGAAGUCACCCCACCCAACCCGCCAAACCAUGAGAGAACAGUCAAUGUCAUUUCUGGCGGAUCAGAGGUUAGCGGGACACACUCUGCUGCAAAGAGGUAUACCAGGCAAGCUAGGUCUAGCAGAACGAGAGAAAGUAUGACUGGUCAAGCUAUGACAGACCAGCCAACCCAGAUAAUCAGCUUUCAAACUACGGAAUCAGACAAGCUUCUUAACCCUCAUCAUGAUGCUCUAGUUAUUUAUAUUUAUAUUGCCAAUUGUUUAACGAAACGAGUGUUGAUCGAUAACGGCAGCUCUGCCAAUAUCAUGUUUAUUAAUGCUUUCAGGGAGAUGGGUUUGAACGAGUCAAACAUAGCUAGGAAGACCGCUGUCCUCAUAGGCUUCAGCGGUGAGAGCAAGACAACCGUGGGGGAAAUCGACCUUCCCGUCUAG